AUGGAAAAGGAAAAUGAAAAACUGUGGACAGAGUUUGUUCUCACAAGUCUCAUAUGCCAACCUCAGUGGAAAAUCCUCCUGUUCCUGGUUUUCUUGGUAAUAUACCUCAUGACCAUCGUGGGGAACCUAGGUCUCAUCACCCUUAUCUGGAAUGACCCUCAACUCCACAUCCCCAUGUACUUAUUCCUAAGUAACUUAGCCCUUGUGGAUACUUGGUUAUCAUCCACAGUGACACCAAAGAUGCUAUUUAAUCUUUUGGACAAGGGCAAGGUGAUUUCUGUCCCUGAAUGCAUGAUACAAUUUUUUUCCGUUGCAAUUUGUGUGACCAUGGAAUGUUUUCUCUUGGCAUCAAUGGCUUAUGAUCGCUUUGCAGCUAUAUGCAAUCCAUUGCUUUAUCCGGUAGUUAUGACCAAUAGAGUAUGCAUUUGCCUGUUAGCAUUAUCGUUUGUAGGUGGCUUUCUUCAUGCUAUAAUCCAUGAAAGCCUUUUAUUCAGAUUAACCUUCUGUAAUUCCAACAUAUUACAUCAUUUUUACUGCGAUAUUAUACCACUGUUAAAAAUUUCUUGUACGGAUCCUUCCUUGAAUUAUCUGAUCAUUUUCAUUUUCUCUGGUUCAAUACAAGUGUUCACCAUUAUGACUGUUUUUAUCUCUUAUACGUUUGUUCUUGUCUCAAUUUUAAAAAAGAAGUCUGACAAGGGCCUAAGGAAAGCUUUCUCCACCUGUGGAGCCCACUUCAUAUCUGUGUUUUUAUACUUUGGGCCUCUUCUCUUCAUGUAUGUCCACCCAGCAUCUUCAGAAGUAGAUGAUCAAGACAUGAUCUUCUCUCUGUUUUACACAGUUAUAAUCCCUGUAUUAAAUCCAAUUAUUUACAGUCUCAGAAAUAAGCAAGUUAUAGAUUCUCUGAAAAAAAUGUUGAAAAUUACAGUUUAG